AUGCUUACUAGGCAUCAAAUAACCCACACAGGAGAUAAACCAUAUAAAUGCUUGGAGUGUGGAAAGAGCUUCAGGCAGAAGGAAAUGCUUACUAGGCAUCAAAUAAUCCACACAGGAGAGGAACCAUAUACAUUCCUGGAGUGUGGAAAGAACUUCAGCGAUAAGGGAGUUCUUACUAGGCAUCAAAGAACGCACACAGAAGAGAAACCAUAUAAAUGCUUGGAGUGUGGAAAGAGCUUCAGCAAGAAUGGAACACUUACUGUGCAUCAAAGAAUGCACACAGGAGAGAAACCAUAUAACUGCUUGGAGUGUGGAAAGAGCUUCAGGCAGAAGGGAAAUCUUACAGUACACCAAAGAAACCACACAGGAAAGAAACCAUAUAAAUGCCUGGAGUGUGGAAAGAGCUUCAGUGAGAAUGGAAAGCUAACUGAGCAUCAAAGAACGCACACAGGAGAGAAACCAUAUAAAUGUUUGGAGUGUGGAAAAAGCUUCAGCCUGAAUCAAAAUCUUACUGGACAUAAAAGAACGCAUGCAGGAGAGAAACCAUAUAAAUGCUUGGAGUGUGGAAAAAGCUUCAGCUGGAGUGGAAGUCUUACUAGACAUAAAAGAACGCACGCAGGAGAGAAACUAUAUCAAUGCUUGGAGUGUGGAAAGACCUUCAGCCAAAAGGGAGUGCUUAAAAGGCAUCAAAGAACACACACAGGAGAGAAACCAUAUAAAUGUUUGGAGUGUGGAAAUAGCUUCAGGGAGAAGGGAAAUCUUACUAGACAUAAAAGAACGCACGCAGGAGAGAAACCGUAUAUAUGCUUGGAGUGUGGAAAGAGCUUCAUGCGGAAGGAAAAUCUUACUGAGCACCAAAGAAACCACACAGGAGAGAAACCAUAUAAAUGAUUGGAGUGUGGAAAGAGAAACAUGCUGGCGGCCCCCGAGUAGUAAAAGCUUCAGUUCUUUAAAUGUCAGGGGAAAAUAUUAUUUGCUAUUAAUAGUGUGUCUUCGAGUCGUCUUAGGUUUAUAAUAGGCCUGCUUAAUCGCUCUAUUCGGUAAUUGUCUCUCCAGAAUUUGGGACUGCUUUUUGAAGGACGGAAGCCUAUUACAAUUUGUACGUAAAGCUAGCAUUUGAGAAUAUGGUUAAUUGACCUUUAGGCUUAGGAUGUAAACUCAUAUUUAAACAGGGGACUUGCAUCAGUUGUCUUUCUUUAUACACCCGUUCUACGGCUGCCAUUGAUCUUAAUGAUUUCAACAUCAAAAAAUGUAUCUUAUCCGUAUGUAAAUUGAUUUUUUUAUGGUGGGGUUGAUGUUGUUAUUAUGGAAGGACUCAAAAUGGACUAAGUUGCUUUCAAGGCCUGUCCAAAUGAUGAAGAUAUCCUCUAUAAUCCAAUAGUUUGGCCAAAAAAGUUGUUUUUUAAGAUGUAGGACUGUUAGAAAAUGUCCAUAGAUUUCCAUAAAGUGUCGAUGCGCGAUUCAAACUGUGUAGGCGUGCUGGAGUGCCUCGCAGUUCUCAAGGGCCGCUGGGCCAGAUAGUCAGGCUCAGCUGUCACUCCCGCUGCAUCUGCCCCCAUCAUUUGGGGGUGUGUAUGCUCAGCUCAACCCCCAUCCCUGGCUGUGCACAUGGUGGCUAGAACUAUUUUAAAGGUCGGCAGUUUGGCCUUAUGGCGGUGGCGGCAGCAGCGGCAGGGGCACCUCAUGGCGGCAGCCUCAUGGCAGGGGCGGAGAGCCUCGUGUCAGGGGCCCGGAACCCUUUUGAGGGUGGCCUCAACAACACAACUACUGUAUUGAAAAAUAUGGGAGGGCAACAUAUACCUGAUCAUCUGGAUAGUAUAUAAAUGAGAUAUAUCCCUCUUCUCUUUACCUGAACACACUUACAACCGAACAAUCAUAAAGAGGAAGGGAAAUUACUCAGCUGUAUACAGUAGGUUAGUAAAAUGCUCUUUGGGGAACUUCAUACAAAUAGUCUUUUGAAUAAUAAUUUGAAAUCAAGGAAGGAACGAAGGAAAUAGCUAUACACACACCUAUACUCCUGCUGUAUGCAUAUCACAAUCAAUACUUCUCAUUACUAUGCAUUGUUUACAUGUCAUAUGAUAAAAUGGACAACAAUGUAAGUUGCAACAGUCUAGAAAUUUGGUCUAUAAUAAAAAAAUGGAGCCACCAAGGGUAAAUUAACCUUUGUAGAAAACUUGGGAUGAAAAGAUGCUCUUGGAUGUCUUCAAAAAGAAAGGUGAAACGAGAUCUCUCAUGUUUAAAUUGUUGAUUUGUCUGUGUGACUGGGAAUGGUGGGGAGGGAUUUGUUAAUAAAAUCAGUAUCAGCUGGCUCAACCUUCACCUACAAGAAAUUACACAAGCUUUCCCUGAAUGGGAUAAUGAAUACAUGUAUGAUAAUGCACAAUGGUGGACGCUUUAACGAUUCUCUCUGUUACAUUUACUCUUGAUGAAAGUGAGUGUUCAUAGAAGACAGCUGAUUCUAUUUUUUAUGUUCAAAACUAGUUAUUUAAUUGAACAAUGCAGGGGGAAUUGAUGUUAUAAAUAUGUGUAAUUUUUAUUCUAUAACAUACCUACCUGUCACUGUAUUUUGAAGGGAAAAACUAAAGUUUUAGUGGUGGUUUUUUUUUUUUUUUUAAAUUAAAUGUUGCAUCUUGCUGAAAGGAAUGUAUUUAGAAAUGUAUGCUUAUCUUCAUACAUAUUUGCUUAUUUCCAAGUAACCUUUUUGUUUAAUAUAGGCAAAUGCUUGGG